AUGCCCCUCUUCAGCAUUGUGGAGUUCAGGGAGGAAGUGACAAGUGAAGGAAAGGCUCUUGUGGAUAUUAUUCCAUCAUGUUGGUUCACUGAUGAGGACAAGACGGACUGUUUUUGGCCAGAAGGCCACAAUCUUAAUGUCACCAAAGCAGUGAAACAGCGACAACAACCGGAUGCUUCAUGGGGGACAUACAGUGUUCGUGCACUUGGACAUGCAGACACAUAUGAAGAUGCUCGACGCAAGCUUGCCCGAGCAGAGGCUACUUCUGAUCUUCAAACAGACAAUGAUGUACCAAAGAAAAGACCGAGAAGGCGAUCCAUGAAAGCCCUGCCCCUUGAAACAAGUGAAGAGGAAUCUGAUACGUGUGGUGACGAUGAAUUGCCUCCCUCUCCUCCCAUUGAAUUUGGUAGCCAUUUUAAAGCAUAUAAGCCAAGUGUAAGCCAGAGAGUAACCAGCCACGUUUGCUCAAGAAGCACCAGUACACCAUGUAGAGUAAAUGAGUAUAGUGCCACCCCGACUCUGGGAGACCCGAGUGCCACCCCGACUCUGAGGGACCCGAGUGCCACCCCGACUCUGAGAGACCCGAGUGCCACCCCGACUCUGAGAGACCCGAGUGCCACCCCAACUCUGAGAAGCCUGAGUGCCGCCCCGACUCUGAGAAACCCGAGUGCCACCUCGACUCUGCGAAGCCCCAGUGCCACCCCAACUCUGCGAAGCCCCAGUGCCACCCCAACUCAGAGAAGCCCAAGUGCCACCUCAUGCAUGAGCAGUGCCAGUAGCGCCUCCUCAGAUCUUAACAAUGCCAGUAGCCUUGGAGAAGCCAUGUAUAUAAAAUUGAUAACUUUACUUGAGGAAGUGAAGGACACACAGAGAGUGCAUAGCAAAAUGCUUAACACUUUGUUGAAGCAAAGAGAAGCUUUGACAAUGUCUGAACCACCACAAGGAGCAGUGUUUCCGUUAACAACUAUUGAUGAUGUCCAGGCCAUGAACGAGAAGCUGUCGGACUUGGAGUUCAUGUCAGGGGUUGUCGCCAUGGUUGGAGAAAUUGGAGGUUCUUCGAUAGAUGACGCAACCAGAAGAAUGAUGGCAUUUAUAAUGUCACCUGACCUUGCACUGCAGUACAACCUCUUUGGACGUCAUGGGAAGAAACCCUUCAGGGAGCUACGUCUAUUUGAUCUUGUUUAUGGAGCACUGAAGAAGAACAUCCUUACAAAGGACAUAAACCAGAAGGAUGCGGAGAAGGCUCUCUCAAAAUGGUUUACAGGAGCUCGGGACAGAGGGGGCAACCGGGCCGUGAGAGCACAGAGGGAGUUCACCAAAAGGGGUGAAACACAGGCCCUCCAAUCUCAAGAUGAGACACAAAUCCAAUAGAGAUCAACAAUGUCAUUCUGGAAGUAAAGGUCUCAUCAUUUACUCCAUGGUGGAUUUUAUCAUUAGCCAUAAUGUCAGAAAUAUCCAGCUUACUAUGAGCUGUCUUGGAGUAAAACGAUGGACUAUGCUUCUGUAGAAGACAAAAGUUUGUAAGACAACCUCUUUCCAAGAAAUAGUUUAUUUUGUGUCUAACCCCAAAGCUAUUGCAUCACCCACAAUCCUAGAAUGCCACACUUGCGUCUAAUUGGUGAUUCUGCUGUAACCAUAGAAAUGUCUACCAUGCCUAUGAAAGAGGACUAACUGCUGU